UUAUGGACAACAUAAAGAACAAAACCGCUUUGGUCACCGGUGGCGCUAGUGGGCUGGGCUUAACUUACGUCCAAAGGCUGCUCCAAAAUGGAGCGAAGGCUGUUGCCAUUCUCGAUUUGAGCUCUUCGCCCGGCCAUACUGCCGUAGCUGCGUUGGAAAGAGAAUUUGGAAAAGGGAAAGCCGUGUUCUACCCUUGUGACGUUGCCAAGACCGAAGAAUUCGGAGACUUGUUCAGGAAGAUCUGGAAGGCUUGGAAUGGUUUGGAUAUUGUUAUCAAUAAUGCUGGUAUUUUGAACGACGUGAAAUGGGAGCUAACUCUUCGUGUGAACGUUGCCGGUGUCAUCCAGGGAUCAUUGCUCGCUAUAGAGCACAUGGGUAAACACAAAGGUGGCAGAGGCGGCACCAUAGUAAACAUAGCGUCGAUCGUGGGUCUGCGUCUGUUCAGUGUCUGCCCAGUUUACUGUGCGAGCAAACACGACGUGUUGGCGUUCAGUCGAUGUCUCCAGGAGAAUUAUAAUAACACUGGAGUUCGUGUUCUGGUAAUGUGUCCCGGUGUCACAUCAACAUCCUUAUUCGGCGAAAUCGAGACCAAAGGCUUCGACUUCGUUAAGCCAGGUGAUAUCCAAGCAGCGCUAGACAAACUGCCCUCCCAAACGUAAGUAGAAGUUUAGUUCCUCUUCUUGUAACUUU